CUGCCGCCUACUCUCCGGUCCGGGCCUCUCUCCAGGGCGUCUGUAAACACAGCCGGAGCUUGUCAUGGAGGGGGAGGAGGAGGCAGCGGCGGCGAAGGGAGGCGUUCUGCGCCGCCUCCAGGGUCCGCUCUGCCAUCCCUGAACUGGUCCCUCGUCCCCAUAACUGUGGCAUCAGGGAAGCGAACUGUUAGGCGAGAGGAGGAGGCAGUCAGAACCUUAUCCCGUUCUUCCCCCGGGGCUGGGGCCGGGCCGGACCAGGCCGGCUGAGCCGGGGGAGGGCCGGGGGAGGGAGCGCCCGGCCGGGCCGGCCUGUCUGCCGAGAUGGAUGACAGUAAGGUGGUUGGAGGUAAAGUGAAGAAGCCCGGCAAACGUGGUCGAAAGCCAGCCAAAAUUGACUUGAAGGCAAAGCUCGAGAGGAGCCGGCAGAGUGCAAGAGAAUGCCGAGCCAGAAAAAAACUGAGAUAUCAGUAUUUGGAAGAGUUGGUAUCCAGUCGGGAAAGAGCCAUUUGUGCCCUCAGAGAGGAACUGGAAAUGUACAAGCAGUGGUGCAUGGCAAUGGACCAAGGGAAAAUCCCUUCUGAAAUAAAGGCCCUACUCACUGGAGAAGAGCAGAACAAAUCUCAGCAGAACUCAAGCAGGCACAUGAAAGCUGGGAAGACAGAUGCUAACAGCAAUUCCUGGUGAAGAGCAUAUAAAAUGAUGAGUCAGUGAUUGAAGCCAAUAUUCUGAUUCUUACGGAGGAUGAAUAGGCAAGAUUGUACUUCUUGGCUCCAUUUACUACCUACUGCUCAGUCAUCUCUGUAAAUUUGCAGUUUCUACCAAAAUGUGUGAUCAUAGAUCUCAAAGGAUUUUGCUUUAGUUUUCAACACUUGGAAAAAUUACAAACAUUCAGACCCGUUCUGGUUGGUAUUGCCACCCAUGGCAUUUAACAUGUUGCAAUGCUUGAAAGCACAGUAGAGAGACUGAGUGAAGAUUAUAUUUUUUGCACCUCAA